CCCGCCCGGCCCCGGGGAGGGAUGCCGCGGCGCGGCGCCCAGGAUGCCCCGCAGCCCCGGGACGCGCCUCAAACCCGCCAAGUACAUCCCGGUGGCCACGGCCGCCGCGCUGCUGGUGGGCUCCAGCACCCUCUUCUUCGUGUUCACGUGCCCGUGGUUGACAAGAGCUGUGUCCCCAGCUGUUCCUGUCUACAAUGGCAUCAUUUUCCUCUUUGUCCUGGCCAAUUUCAGCAUGGCCACCUUUAUGGACCCUGGUGUCUUCCCCAGAGCGGACGAGGACGAAGACAAGGAGGACGACUUCCGGGCCCCGCUGUACAAGAACGUAGAUGUACGGGGCAUCCAGGUCCGCAUGAAGUGGUGUGCCACAUGCCACUUCUACCGCCCACCACGCUGCUCGCACUGCAGCGUCUGCGACAACUGCGUAGAGGACUUUGACCACCACUGCCCCUGGGUCAACAACUGCAUUGGACGCCGCAACUACCGCUAUUUCUUCCUGUUCCUGCUGUCGCUCAGUGCACAUAUGGUGGGCGUUGUAGCCUUUGGCCUGGUCUAUGUGCUGAACCAUGCUGAGGGUCUGGGAGCUGCCCACACCACCAUCACCAUGGCCGUCAUGUGUGUGGCUGGCCUCUUCUUCAUUCCUGUCAUCGGCCUCACGGGUUUCCACGUGGUGCUGGUCACUCGGGGGCGCACCACCAACGAGCAGGUGACUGGGAAGUUCCGUGGGGGCGUGAACCCCUUCACCCGAGGCUGCUAUGGGAACGUGGAGCAUGUUCUGUGCAGCCCGCUGGCACCCCGGUAUGUGGUGGAGCCACCCCGGCUGGCACUCUCUGUGAGCCUGAAGCCACCCUUCCUUCGGCCUGAGCUCCUGGAGCACGCUGCGCCACUCAAGGUCAAGCUUAGCGACAACGGGCUGAAGGCAGGCCUUGGCCGCAGCAAGUCCAAAGGCAGCCUGGAUAGGCUGGAUGAGAAGCCGCUGGACCUGGGGCCUCCACUGCCUCCAAAGAUGGAGGCCAGCAGCUUUGGAAGUGACCUGAAGACCCCGCGACCUGGCAGUGCUGAGAGUUCUCUGUCAGUACAGCGGACCAGCCCUCCGACACCUGCCAUGUACAAAUUCCGGCCAGCCUUCCCCACGGGUCCAAAGGCACCCUUUUGUGGGCCUAGCGAGCAGGUCCCCGUGUCAGGUCCUGACUCCUUGACCCUGGCAGAUGACAGCACCCACAGCCUAGACUUUGUGUCUGAGCCCAGCUUGGACCUCCCUGACCAUGGCCCGGGUAGCCUGCACUCGGCCUACCCGCCAUCCCCGCCGCUCAGUGCCACCGAUGCCUUCUCGGGUGCUUUGCGCUCCCUGAGCCUCAAGGCUGCCAGCCGGCGAGGUGGGGACCACGUGGCCCUGCAGCCCCUGCGGUCUGAGGGUGGGCCCCCCACUCCCCAUCGCAGCCUCUUUGCCCCUCAUGCUCUACCCAAUCGAAAUGGCAGCUUGUCCUAUGACAGCCUGCUUAACCCUGGCUCACCCAGCAGCCACGCGUGUCCAGCGCACCCCUCAGUUGGUGUAGCCAGCUACCGCUCGCCCUACUUGCACCCUGGGGUAGGGGGUGAUCCACCACGGCCCCCACCCCGCAGCUUCAGUCCUGUGUUGGGCCCCCGGCCUCGGGAGCCCUCGCCUGUGCGCUAUGACAACCUGUCUCGGACCAUCAUGGCCUCCAUCCAGGAGCGCAAGGACAGGGAAGAGCGAGAGCGGCUGCUGCGCUCCCAGGCUGACUCGCUCUUCGGUGACUCGGGCGUCUAUGACGCACCCAGCUCCUACAGCCUGCAGCAGGCCAGCAUGCUGUCUGAGGGCAGCCGAGGCCCCAUGCUGCGCUACGGCUCCAGAGAUGACCUCGUGGCUGGGCCUGGCUUUGGUGGUGCCCGCAACCCUGCCUUGCAGACAUCUCUAUCUUCACUGAGCAGCUCCGUGAGCCGGGCACCACGGACAUCCUCCUCCUCCCUGCAGACAGACCAAGCCAGCAGCAGUGCCCCAGGGCCCCGGCCGGGCAGUGGCUCACACAGGUCACCUGCUCGCCAAGGCCUGCCCUCUCCACCUGGCACUCCCCACUCACCCUCCUACGUGGGCCCCAAAGCUGUCGCCUUCAUCCACACGGACCUCCCAGAACGGCCGCCCUCGCUGGCUGUACAGAGGGGGCGAAUAGGCACCUGUAGCCGCGCAUGGGGGCGGCGUGGCCAGCCCAGGGGGACCCCCAGCCUGCACCUGUGCCACCUUGGCCUCCCUGAGGACCGCCCGCCGCUGCGGGGCCCCUGGAGCCCAGCCUCUGGGGCAACCCCCCGCGGGACCAUGUGCCGCCUGCACUCAGCCGCAUCCAGUCUUUUCCCCAGCCUCUCGGGGCCCUAGCCAGUUGCCAAGUGGGCAGCUCUGAGGCCCUGGAUAGCCCAACUGGGGACCCAGGGAGCCAGGCUGCCGUGGACCCUGGGGCACAUUGGGUGUGGGCAGGGGGUCCCCUUUCCACCAGCCAUGUUCUGAUCGACUCCAGCCUGCCAGGGCCCGUGACCCUGUGUCCAGGUGACCUCAGGAAGUCCCCCACCUGCUGCAGGGGGUGGAAACCCCACUGGGACCAGCACGACCUUCACCCCAGCUUCCCUGCCCCACCAAGCACUUUAGAUUAAACCAUUCCUCUCGGGACCCCGGCCGCUGCGGGUUGGGCUGGGGUGGGGGUCUCAGGCUGCUCCUGCCGUCACUGCACUCUCCCUACCCUACUCCCUCACAGGAACAGAUGCCUUAACCUGGAGCCACCAGCCUUGUGGGCCAUGGGCCUCAGCUCGUCUGGCUGGGCCCCUUCCUUGCCCCACCCAUGGGUUCCCGUCCACAGCUCUUCUCUGGCCCCGCUUGGGCUGUCUGUAUCCAGGGAUGAUGCCCCUGGGAGGUUGAGGGCUGAGGGCCACAGCCCUGCAGGAUCCCAGCCUGCUAGGCCUAAAGGCCCCCCCAGGGCAGAGCAGGAUGGAGCUCUGCCAGCCCUCUUCCUGCUUAGGGCCCUGUCCCAGGACCUACCCUGGGCAAUAGAUGUCUCCCAUUUGGGGACAAGAGAGCCACAAAGCUAUUCUCUAUUGUUCUGAGGUAUCCCCUCUGCCAAUUGAAUUCCCCAAAAUAAAAAAAUUUUGGUGUUUACCUCCA